CAGGAAAUAGAAGCUUCCAAAAUAUAUUCGAUAAAAAAUGGCAAAAAGAAUUCGGAGUGAAACACUAACAUGUUGAGGGUUUGAUUGAUGAAAGAGAUAUCGAGCUCAUUACUUAGGCAAAAACACAAAACAUUUUUUUUUUAAAACAAACAAAUAUAAUGGUGGUUGACUGGUUGUUGGAGGUUGAGCACAUGAGAGCGCGUCUGAGCAAAUUACACAACAGAAGCAACAUCUUCACUUGCCCGGUGGGUUCAAGAUAACACUUCCCUUUAUAAAAAAACACAGGAACUCAUUUCUUCAAACUUAAUCACACAAUGGCUCAUCUUCAACCUCCUAUCAUCAUUGAGACCACUCACAUCUCUCCCCCAAACGGCACCGUUCCAUCCACCACUCUUCCUCUCACCUUCUUCGAUGCCCCAUGGCUCACUCUCCCACUCGCCGAGUCCGUCUUCUUCUUCUCUUACCAAAACUCAACCGACUGUUUCCUCAAAGACUUUAUACCGAACCUCAAACAAUCACUCUCUGUCACUCUCCAACAUUUCUUCCCUUACGCCGGUAAACUAAUCAUCCCACCUCGGCCUGAGCCUCCCUACUUAUGCUACAACGAUGGCAAAGACUCUCUUGCUUUCACAGUCGCAGAGUCUAGUGGCAUUGAUUUCAAUGAUUUGAAAGCCGAUUCUGCUAAAGAUAUCAGAGUGUUGCAUGGCGUCUUGCCCAAGUUACCUCCUCCUCAUGUCUCUCCGAAAGGAAUUCAGACGCGGCCAACAAUGGUGAUUCUAGUCACCAUCUUCCCUGGAGCCGGAAUCUGUAUAGGCAACACAUCUACACAUGUUGCAGGAGAUGGUGUAACUUUUACUCAUUUCAUGAAGUAUUGGAUGUCAUUGACCAAAUCCAACAGUGGAGAACGUACAACACUUCUUCUACCCCCUCUACCUAUUCACGGCUGCAGAAACAUGAUCAAGGACCCAGGCGAGGUAGCUGCAGGACAUUUGGAGCGAUUUUGGAGUCAAAACUCUGGAAAAAACAUCUCACAUGCCACGCCCAAAAACAUGGACAGAGCUACCUUUAAAAUGAGCCGUCAACAGAUAGACAAUCUCAAGCAUUGGUUUACAGAGCAGUCUGAGAAUCAGUCUCCUGUUUCUACCUUCGUGGUGUCUCUCGCCUUCACUUGGGUGAGCUUGAUCAAGACCCUUGUUGAAGAAAGUGAAAUAGAGGCCAAGGAGGAAGACGAAGACUUUCACUUGAUGAUUAAUGUGGAUUGCAGGAAUCGUCUCAACUAUGCAGAACCAAUACCACAAACAUACUUUGGCAACUGUAUGGCUCCUGGUAUUGUAUCAGUCAAAAGACGAGAUUUGCUAGGAGACAGAGGCGUUUUGGCUGCUACAAAUGCAAUAAUAGCAAGAAUCAAAGAUAUGUUAUCAAGUGAUCUAUUAAAAACAGCCCCAGGUUGGGGACAAGAAGUACGUAAAUGGGUAAUGUCCCGUUUUCCAACUUCAGUUGCAGGAGCUCCAAAAUUGGGAAUGUAUGAUAUGGAUUUUGGGUUGGGAAAGCCCUGCAAAAUGGAGAUUGUGCACAUCGAAACAGGAGGUUCUGUUGCAUUCUUAGAGUCUAGAGACGGCAGUAAUGGAGUUGAGAUUGGAAUAGCACUAGAGAUGAAAAAAUUAGAUGCGUUUGCUAUGAUUGUACAACAUGGGAUCAAGAAAUUCGAAAUGUAGCAGACCCUUUCUCAUCACAUAACUAGUUCACCAAAUUUAGAUUUCAAUAAUGUAUUAUUCCCACAUUUCUCUUUCCAAGUAUAUCCAUUCCACCCAAUGGAAUUAUCUUGUCGUUUAUCUUGAAACUCACGAAUAAAGGCAACACCAUACUCUAGACAACAAAAAAAAAACUUCGGACAAAUUAGAAGAGGGAUGAUAAAGUGGCAUUCUAGACAACAAAACAAAAACUACGGUCAAUUUGGAAGAGGGAUGAUAAUGUAGCGUUCUUGUUUAACUCUAGCCUCAUGGUAAAAGAUGAGACGAAGCUGAUGAGAACACUGGAAAUUUCUGAGUUUUUUCAGACUACAAGCACUAAGAAAUAAGUGCAAGUGUAUAGUUUAAACUCAACAGAUUUCAUUUUUAUGAAACCAAGAACACAAUAUUGUUAUGAAAGAGCCUCAGUAAAAUCCAUUAAAAUCAUAGAAAUUGCAGCUUCUGCCAAGGGGUUCUCCCUGUAAAACAGGGUCUCGACUCCACUGCACCUCAUUACGAAUGGAUUAUAUCAUCAUCGACAAUUCAAAAAACACUACAAAAGGAAACACUUAAAAGAAACAUUCUAGGCUCA